AUGUACGAAGGGAUUGACAACCUGAAAUCCCUUUACGACCGUGCCGGGAAGACUUUCUCCGGCGGUCCUUCUGCGGCACAGGAUGUGCCGCGUCGUACUGCUCGACCAGACCCAGUACGUCAACCAUCAGUUGGGAGCGGGGCUCCCAAGAAUCCCAGGACGGGGGAUAGCCGCGCCACCGGACGAGGUAACUCGUCCGACGUCCGUUCACGUCGCGGUGGUUCAACAGCUGCUCAACUAGAUAGCGCUGGCCACCGCGAGAGUCCUCUAAUGGAGGUGGAGGAGGAGGAAAGACGCUCUCCACACGAUCAUGUGGAUCGGUGUGUUCCCGAGAGCUUCUUUGAUCGCGUAAUGCAAGGGUUACGCGACGAUCUCGAACAUGAGCGGAAUAGGCGUCUCCAAAUGGCGGACACUGCCUCGAAGCAUCGAGCUGAGUUUGCCUUUGCUCAGCUUGAGAACGAGAGAUCUCUGACACCUCUUCGUGACGAGCUAAGGGUAGCUCGUGGGAUUGUUGAUCGGUCUCGGGAUGAGAUAGCUGCUCUUCAGACCCUUGUUGAUGCCCACCAUCGGGAGCACAAGGCUCUCUGCGAGAUGCUUGAGCGCAAGGGCGUUCUUCAUCGGAAGAAGCAGCGUACUGAUGGUACGGCUUAA